AUGAACUCAGACUUAUAAAACCUUAUUAAUAGAGUUAGAUCAGCUCUCCUCUCUAGAAAUUAAAAUACAAUUAGAGGAUUAGCUAGAGCAUUUAGAUAGCUUGACUCAUACGAUAGAAAUAACAAAGUUGAUAGAGAUGAAUUUUUCAUAGUCUUGAAAGAAAAUGGAGUUUCCUUAACUAAAUAAGAAUAAUUUGUUCUCCACUAAUGUUUUGAUAGAAAUAACGAAGGAACUGUUGACUUUGAUGAGUUUUUGUGCGUGAUAAGAGGUGAAUUAAAUGAAUAAAGAAAAGCUAUCGUAUUGAAAGCAUUCUAAAAGUUUGACCCUCAUAAUACAGGAUUCGUUGAAAUUCGUGAUUUAAGAGGUGUUUAUAACUGUGAUAAUCAUCCUAAAAUUAAAACUGGUUAAAUGACUGAAGAACAAGUGUUUGUUGAGUUCUUACAAAACUUCUGUGAUAACAGUAAAGAUGGAAAAAUUUAACUUAAGGAAUGGAUUGAUUACUAUUCAGCAGUAAGUGUUUCUAUUCAAAAUGAUGAUCACUUUGAAUAAGUAGUUAAAAUAGCUUGGGGAGUCUGA